AUGAGGGAACCACCAGAGUCUGCCCUGCAGCCUGUCUCCUCCUGGGGAGUUGUCUUUUCUCCCGGAUUGAACGACCCGGGUGGGGCCAGGAGAGAAAACGAACGCAUCGCAUGCCGGCUGACAGAGACAGUUGAGCGAACUUCACAGCUUCGGGUGUUGUCUCUGCAUUCGGAGUGCGUGCGUCGAUUAGCCGCGAUCGAGAAACGAAAAAAGAAGACUUUUUCUCGCUGCCUUUUCUUCGUUUUCUUUUUCGGUGUCCUCUACCUCUUCUCUCCUCGAAGUUCCACGCGGCAACGCCGACAGGCCAAGUGCAAUCAUGCCGCGGACUUCUCUGCUCGCUUUUUCUCUCCCGGUUUCUCUUCUCGUUUUGCUCUCUCGCUUCCUCCCCUUGUCAAGCCAUCAUACUGUUCGUCCUCUUCGCCUCUGCCUGUUUCUUCGUUCCAGUCUCCGUCUCCGCCGACCGACUUCGCUCUUCAGUGCGUGACCUGCAACGCUCACGAAGACGAAGACGAGGAAUGGGUCGCUCGACUCUUGCGAGUGCGUGAGCCUGCCGUUCAGGAACAAACAGAGGCGCUCUUUGAAGAAGGGGGAACCUUCUGUCUGUCUCGCUGCUCCCCCCUGCUGCCUCGCUUCCUCGACCGUACUGGCGACCUCUCUUUUGCGUCUUCUCUGCUCUCUGGCUGCGCCUGGCCUCCGCGCGAUCUUCCCCUGAACUCUUUGUUCUUCUCGACAGAGACCAGACGGGGAUCUUUUGCCGAACCGCCGUCAUUCGCCAGGCACCUUUCGAGCCUUCUGAGCCUUCCAACUGUCUUGUCCGCGUCCGCGCUCACUCUCCCAUCUGCGUCCUCUUUGUCCUCUUUGUCCCCGUCUGUCUCUUCUCGGAGAAAGAUUUGCUGGCCUCCUCAAAGUCCGCCUCUGUCCAGAGAAUCCACUCCGAUCUUUAGGGUGCCUCAUGCGCUCCACGCGCAUUCGACCUCCACCUGUGAAGGUGCGUCGUGCUCCCCCAGGUUUUUUUUCCUCCGUCCUUCUGUUCGGACUCCAUCGCGAUCAUCUUUUUCUCUGGCUUUCUCACCCUCUGAGUUGUCUUCGUUUUCCUCUUGGCAGGGGGGUCCACAUCGCACAUGGUUGGCGUCUCCUUCCUCUUCUUCUUGGCCUUCUUCUCCUUCUUUCCAGUCUGCUUCUUCUCUCUUGUAUGGAGUGCCUUCUUUUCAUCAGAGGAGGCGGAGCUUUGACUGCGGCGCAGCAGGCAGCCGUGUGCUGUGUUCGCUCUUUUGUCUGGGGUCUCUGCGGAGCCGAAACAGGUCAAAUCUCUUUUGCUCUGUUCUCUUCCCCUCUCGCUUCCAGAAGCCAUCGCACUCACUUCUUGUCCCCCUGAACUCCGUCAAGACGCGAGAGCCUGCUUUGCAUCGCGGCAGUCAUCGCGGCAGUCAGUCGCGCUUCUCUCUGAGUUCUGUUUUCACUUUCCUCUCUCCUCUCUCCUCUUCGUCACUCCGCUGCCCUCGCGCGCUGGUCUCUGCGGCCUACGCUGCCUCGACGAGUUUUUCGCGGUCCUCUGAAGACGCAUGCACGGAUCAGGUUAAAAGGAGGAGCGCUGAGGAGAGGUCGUCUCUCCCCAGCCAGAGGGUGUCGUUCUUUGCUUCUUCGUCUCGCUCGUCGUUGCUCAGGCAAUCUGCCCUGCAUGCGCUGGGUGCGACCUCUGCAACGGAAAAAGCGCGCGACCUUCCCAGAGGAGACAAACGGAACGGAACGUUCCCCAGCAGAGAAAAGAAACUCGUCGGUCAAAACCUCACUCGUAGAGGCGAGACGACAAGUCGAGGCGCAAGCUACGAUGAGAAACGAGAGAUAACGCAGAGAGAAGAGGCAGACGAGAGAAACGACAGAGAGGAGCCUGAGGGGGGAGACAGAGAGGAGACAGAGGAGAUGGAAAAAGGAGACAGUGAGAAGAAGAAAGGGCCUUUACCUCCUCCCCUGCGGCUGUCGGCGAGAGAAAUUGGAAGAAGGUUUCGAAGAGCAGCUCUCCAAGAACAACACAGGCCUAACAUCGCUCAAGGUUGCUUCCCCGUCGAAGCAGUCUUCCAACAUCAGGAUUUGCUUAAUGGUCUGCCGUUCAGGCGUCUUGGCGGCGCGCCGCCGCCCCGGCCGCGGGGAGCGUCUCCGCCUGUGGCUGGCGGCGCUGGAACGCCUGUGGACUCCGGGCAGAGCGAGGAAGAUACUUUGGACUCGGCAGCGAAGCUGCCCAAGGACCUGGGAGGAAAGGCGAAGCGACCUCAGGACGACAGGGGAAUGCUCGUCAGCGGCUUGUGUAUCGGCACCAGCAUGGUCGGCUCGACGGCGAUGAUCGAUGAUGGAGAUGCGCGAGAACUGCUUCACUGUGCUUAUGGAGAAUACGGCAUCAACUUUUUCGACGUCGGGGAACUGGACCCCAUUCCGUUCGCGCCUGCGACACACGGCCGCGGACAUGUGGAGGUCCUGCGGCCGUUUCUGCGAGCUCACCGGGCUCGCGCAGCGAGCCAAACUGCCUGCACGGCUGCAGAGAGGAGCGGAUCGCCUGCGUCUUCGCUCGAGGCCGAGAUGCGGCAGAUCCGGAUUUCUGCGCGCAUUCUCGGCGGCGGCCUUUCAGGUUUUCGCCAGGAACGCGAAGCGCUGAAGAGAGAGAUGCAGGACGCAGACAUGCGCGGAGACACCACGGGCGUGAGGUGGGCCUGGGGCGAACAUGACCCAGACACGAUCGAAGGGGAAAGCGACAGUCGCCAGGCUGAAGAAAUCUGGAGCAGAGAUCGCGGCUGGUGGACUCGGAAAGACCGCGCAGAGCGACGCAUGCAGAGCGACCAUGUGGAGCAGGCUGUCGACGACCUUCUUCUGCGCCUCGGCAUCGACUGCGUCGACCUCCUUCAGUUCGACGUCCCCCACCGCUACGUCCCCCGUCACGAGCUCGGCGAAGACACUUACUGCUGGGGGCUCGAACGCGAAGACGAGAUGGCCAUCGAAGAGCAGCUGGUGAUCCUGCAGCGUCUGGUCGACAAAGGAAAGGUUCGGUACAUCGGCUUGAGCAACGAGACUCCUUGGGGUGUCUUCAAAUGGUGUACCGCAGCUGACCAAAUGGGUCUGAGUCGCGUCGCCAGUGUUCAAACGCUCUACAACAUCAUGCAUCGAAACGAAUUCGAGUCUUCGGGCUUCCCGGAGAUGUUGUGGAACCUCAAUGUGCCUCUGUUGGCCUACGGAGUUCUCGCUGGAGGUGUAUUAACGGGCAAAUACCUCGAUCCGGAACGCUUCAAUCCGCGGGGUCCGGACGAGCGACUCGGCCAGGACGAAUGGGACAACGCCGUCGCGACCUACCGCACACAGUUGCCGGAAGACUCAGGCUAUCUCUCGUAUGGCCCAGCGAACGGCAGGUGCAACAAGUGGAAGGAAAGCUACUCCACCCACCGCUCUGUCUGGGCGCAGUGGCUGAUGGGGGAACUCGUGAAGGCCGCGCGACAGUUCGGCCUCACGGCCUCUCAGCUUGCCCUCAGCUGGGUCUACUCGCGACCGUUCCUGGGCAGUGCGAUCAUUGGACCUCGAACGAUUGGCCAACUGCGAGAGAGCAUCCGCGCGCUGAACUAUCCUGUUCCACCGGUUCUGGAAGCAGUUCUUCACGACCUGUUCCUUCGUUAUCGAGCGCCGACCAUGGGCGGCCCUCAAGUCGGAACUCAGCUCGACGACCUCGAUCACGGCCAACUGAUUUCGCAGUCCGAAUUCAUGAGAUGGGGACGACAGCCUAUCUGGAGCGGCGGAACGUACUGGCCGAACUGGCCGCAGCCGCUCGUCUCCGAGAAGGUCGACUAUUUACGCAAACGCGAAGAGCUGCUCGAACUCCGCGCGGCAGCGGCAGACACAGACGACCCCUCAGACGACGGCGCCUUCAAUGUGCGAAUGUGGAGGGAAAUGUUGGACGACCGCAGACCAGGAGAGUAUUUUGCGGUGAAGGAGCAGAAACUGUUUGGGUGGGACGAGAAAAAGUUUGCGGACAUGGACUGGAAAAACUUGACGAGACACGAACGCGAAAGUCAAGAUCACUUCGACUUCCACUUUGUCUGGCGCGGAGACAAGAUUUACCGAGAAAACACGACGGAGGGGAUGCGGAACUUUUACCGCAACAAGAAGGCCAUUUGCGACGUUAUGCACAAAAACAUCAUGCAGUUUCAGGAUAUUUAUCAGAACAUGGAACGCACCCCCGGACUCUGGUGCAGCAUGUGGAAUGAAUGGGACUACGACCUGAUCGACAAGCGGCUACGAGAGCGCCAUGGCAUCGACAUCCUCGACAAAAAGGUGUGGAAGGUCGUGGCGGAUGUUCCCGACAAGCAGAGAAGAAGGCGACUGGAAUUCACAGAACCGUUUUGGUACUGGGAAGACGAAGGACAACCAGACAUGCCUUGGGAGCAUGCAACCGGGGAGGAUGUGACCGACGGAGGCACGCAGCCGUAG